GGGCCAAAGGGGAAGCCGGGUCCUUUUCUAAGGCGGUCUCACAGGCAGCGGCGGUGCGGAGCCGGCCUCAGCCAACAUGUACUACAAGUUUAGCGGUUUCACGCAGAAGUUGGCUGGAGCUUGGGCUUCGGAAGCCUAUACUCCGCAGGGGUUAAAGCCGGUUUCCACAGAAGCACCGCCUAUCAUAUUUGCCACACCAACCAAACUGACCUCCAGUGCAACAGCGUAUGAUUAUGCUGGGAAGAACAAAGUUCCAGAGCUGCAGAAGUUCUUCCAGAAGGCUGAUGGUGUGCCUAUCCACCUGAAACGAGGCCUUCCGGACCAAAUGCUUUACCGGACCACCAUGGCUCUGACAGUG